CAAUUCGCUUCAGUUGACUUUAGAUUCUGCAGCUGCACCAUGCUCCCAUCGGGCAAACUAAACUUAAAUUCCGCAUUUAAGUGGAAGCUAAACAAAUGCCACAGAGCAACGCCAAUCUAUUUAUGUCGUGCUUGCUUUUACAUCCUGACAGCGCUCCUGCUGUACACGAUGUAUCACGUUUACCAGCUGAAUAAUUAUCUUGAAUUGCUCAAGCGAAAUACGCCACUUGCGGAUUGGACUUUAAACACUUCCCGCAACCUGAGGGACUACAUCUGGCCUUUGGAGGACACCGCGCUAAUUGUGCCUCGAGACUUUUGUGGACAGAAAACUCUGCUGCUGAUUGUCGUGGAGUCGCGCGUGAUUGACUUCGCUCAGCGGCAGCUCAUUCGAGAGACUUGGGGCAAUACGACAAACUUUAAUUAUCCAGUUUUUGCCAAGCUGCAUGGCCACCGCAAGGGAUCUUAUUUGCCGCCCCUGAAGAGCCGCUUGCGUCUCUACACGGAUUACCUCAGUGGUGAGGGUGAGACGCUGAUGGCCUCGGUGCAAGUUGUAUUUAUGCUUGGCCGCAGCAAAUCUAACCUGCAGCCAGACCAGUCAACGCAACUGCAGCAGGAGGCACAUCGAUACAAUGACAUCAUUCAGGAGGACUUUAUCGACACCUACAACAAUCUGACGCUCAAGUCCGUGCUGGCCCUGAAGCAUGUCAGCAAAAGUUGCUCCAACAGCACCGCCUUUUUCUUCAAGUGUGACGACGACACCUUUGUUAAUGUGCCCAAUCUGCUGCACUUUAUACUCGGCGGCACUGUGCCCCUAUACAAUGACACCAUUAAUUAUACGUCCAGUUGGCAGUCACGCAUGGGCGGCACCACGGAAGUGAUGCGUGGUUACAAGUUCAGCAAAUCCAAACCCAUAAUAGACACAAUUAGCAAGUGGUACAUGCCCCACUACAUGUAUCCCCGCAGCACAUAUCCAGAGUACCUUUCGGGUGGCGGCUAUUUGCUCUCCAUUGAUGUGGUGCAGCGCCUGUACGAUGCUGCCUGGUCCACCAAAAUGGUUUACUUGGAGGACCUCUAUGUCACGGGGCUCUGCGCGAAGCGCGCACAUCUGAAACCCCUUCACAGUUCACUUUUCUACAUUAAAUACUCCAUUAAGUUAUGCGCGUACAAAGCGAUGAUCACGCUGCAUAAUGCCAAGGGACGCAGAUUAAAGAGAGUGUGGAAAUUUCUCACUGACCAUAGCAGUAAACAGUGCGCAGCGCCAGAUAUUAUUGUUAGUUAGAAAUGUGCCUAAAAUUAUGCAUACAUAUGGGACAAAUAAUACGAAAGUUCUAAGAGUUACGAAGAGUUUUAUACAAAUAGAAAUAUGCUUAACUAGUGCAAAUAUUUCACUGCCCCUAGCAUUGCUAGCGCACGGUGGCAGCUCCUAGAAUAAGGUUGGAAAUUCAUAGGAUAUCAUAUAUAAAU